AUGACUUCUGCGGACGACCGACGUCACGUUAGAGCUGGAUUCAGAAAUGGAGGGGGAUCGGUGAAAGGAUUUGUCCACAAAGACCACUCUCCUCACCCGUCCCUAGAUGAUUCACUGGAGGGGGAAAUUCAGGCUUUCCUUACUGAUGAAGACCAACUCCACACUUAUGACGACCUCACCAAAGUCAACCCUGUGACCCCUACAACAGUGCUGAAAUGCCUGCAGGCCAGGUACAGUGUGAAGGUGUUUUACACCCAUGCUGGCUGCACCUUGGUGGCUCUCAACCCCUUCCAGCCAAUCCCAGACCUCUACUCUCUGGAUGUGAUGAAGGAGUAUCACUGUGCUCCUCAACCCCAGGAGUUCAAACCACAUAUCUUUAUCGUGGCAGAAGAAGCCUACAGGAAUGUUCAGGGUCAGCUGGAGCCAGUGAACCAGUCCUUGGUGGUCAGCGGUGAGAGCGGUGCAGGAAAGACGUGGACAUCCCGUUGUCUGAUGAAAUACUACGCCACUGUGGCGGCCUCCUCCUCAGUGGUGAAGAGUCAGGACACAGUGGAGAGGAUAGAGAAGAGGGUGCUGGACUCCAACCCCCUCAUGGAAGCUUUUGGCAAUUCAUGCACGCUACGCAACAACAACAGCAGCCGCUUUGGAAAGUACAUCCAGCUCCAGCUAGACGGGUGCCAGCUGUUAGUGGGGGCGUCUGUGCAGACGUAUUUGCUGGAGAAGACCAGGGUGGCCUGCCAACCGGCUAACGAGAGGAACUUCCACAUCUUUUAUCAGAUGAUGAAAGGGGCCACAGAUGAGCAGAGGAAGGAGUGGAGGAUGCCACGUGGCCAACGUUUUGUGUGGCUGCCGAAUGCUGAAAAAACAGUUGAGGAGGAUGGUUUUCAUGAGACUGUCGAGGCAAUGGUUCAUCUGGGCAUUAAUGCAGAAAGGCAGACACAAAUAUUCAGGAUAUUAGCAGGGAUUCUGCAGCUGGGGAAUGUGCAUUUCUCCUCUUCAAUGGAUGACUCACAACCUUGUAACCUAGAAGAACAGUCUAAAGACUUCUUGCAGAGGGCUGCUGAGCUGCUGUGUGUCCCUGCUGAGGAGCUUCAGGUGUGUUUAAGAGUGAGGACUCUGAAGGCGGGGAAGCAGAGCGUGCUCAAGCCCUGCUCCCAGGCAGAGUGCAGCAUGAGGAGAGACUGCCUGGCCAAGGUCAUCUACGCCCAAAUAUUUGAAUGGCUGGUUACAUUCAUCAACAACAGCAUAUGUGCAGACAAAUCCACGUGGUGCAACUUUAUAGGAGUCCUAGACGUGUACGGGUUUGAGUGUUUCCAGAUCAAUAACCUGGAGCAGCUGUGCAUCAACUACACCAACGAGAAACUGCAGCAGCACUUUGUGGCCCAUUAUCUCAGGGCUCAACAGGAGGAAUAUGUGUCAGAGGGACUGCAGUGGUCUUUUGUCAAAUACCAAGACAACCAGAGCUGUCUGGAUCUCAUAGAGGGGAGCCCAGUCAGUGUGUUUUCUCUUCUUAAUGAGGAGAGUCGUCUUAAUCGAGCCUCGGACGCCAAGAUGUUCAGGGUUCGCUUGGAGAAGGAGCUCUCUGGCAAUGUCAACAUCAGCUGGGACAAGUUCAGCAAGGUGCCGCACUUCACUGUGGCCCAUUACGCUGGUAAAGUCCACUACCAGAUACAGGGCAUGGUGGAGAAAAACAAGGACCCAGUGCCACCAGAGCUCACCAGCCUGCUUCAGAAGUCUGAUAACUCCCUGCUUCACCAAAUAUUCACUGACAAGGAAACUGAGAACCUGACUACCAAGGGGCUCAGUAAAGUCACAGUGGUCUCCAAGUUCAAGAACUCUCUGGAGAGCCUGAUGAGGAUCCUCCACGCCACAACUCCUCAUUACACUCGCUGCAUCAAACCGAACCCAGACUGCAAGCCGCUGACCUUCAAAAAGGAGGAGGUUAUCAUGCAGCUGGAGGCCUGCGGGAUUGUGGAGACCAUACACAUUAGUGCUGCUGGCUUUCCAAUAAGAAUUCCUUUCAGAAGCUUCAUGAAACGUUAUGGACUGAUUGUGAAAUAUUCAAAGUUCAAGUCAGAGUGUCAUUGUGUUGAUUUGGAGGCUGACGGCGAUGACAUUCUUCGGCAAGAGGUGGAGAAGCUCCUCGGGGUGGUGUUACACCACCAGGCUUCAGAUCCCUCACACUGCCUUGACAAUGAAAAACACAAUUCAUGGGUGCACUGCGGAAGGACUAAAGUUUUUCUCACCCAGUCAAUGCUAGAUUUGCUGGAGGAUCAGAGGAAGGAGAUCCUGUGUCAGUGUGCCUUCUCCAUUCAGUGCUGCUGGCUGCGGUAUCAGCGCCGCAGACGCCACACCCGUCAGAAGUCUGCUAGUCUGAUCCAAGCAGCGGUGCGGUCCUGGCUGGUCAGGAGGCAGGUCCAGAGAUGGAACAGAGCAGCUGCAACCAUCCAGUACACCUGGAGGAAGUGGAGGGCUCUGUUGAAAUCCUUGGCUGAGGCAGAACUUGAUGAUGCAAAGGACCUCGUGGGAGAGGACUUGCCAGCGUUGAACCCAGUUAUCAGGGAACGGGGCUCGGUGCAGCUCUCCACCAUCCAGGAGCCUGUCACAGUGCGAGGGUGGCCCAUGGGCCUGGCUCUGGCUUCGGCCCCCUCCAUCACCGUGUCUCUGACAGCCACGGGCUUCCAGAAGAUGAUGUCUGUGAUGGCCUCACUCAACCUGCCCUCCAGGAGAGGGGAGUACAAGGUGGAGACCAACCAGUACAAGCAGGGGCUCGCCUCAAUACGGGCUCAACCCAAGGGAUCUGUGAAGCUGCACUAUCAGCGAUCUCCACUUCUCUAUGCUGACAGGCAACCAGACCUGAAGAGGGAUGUGACAGGGUUCAAUGAGAUCCUGCUAGAGAAAACUUUGUAAGAGGUCCCUCUUUUCAGAACACUAAAGGCUGAAUUCAUGGAUCCAGAUAAAAUAUAAUCUGACACAGUGGGAACAAACCUGGUAUUUUAUGCUGACAUUUCACAUUUUUGCAUCUAACUUAAAACAGUAAUUGACUUAAAGAAUGGCAAGCUUUAUCUUACUAAGUAUUAUACAAGGGUGCAAAGACUUGCAAAACCUGCACCUUUGCAUAAUAAUUACGUUUUACCUAACAGGAGGUCAGGUAAAAUAUUGCCGUGUGCUACAAACUUGGCUUUGAGACCCAAAGAUCAUCUUAAAUUCAAAAUCAGUCAGUGGACUGUCGAAACCCUUCCCUCUGCUACAUUUGAGAUAAAAAAAAAUUUUCGACCAUCUUUUGUAUGUGAUCCACAUUGAAAAUAAUGAAUGGGGUGCGAGUGAUUACGAUAAUGUCAUUGCAGGCCGAGAAAAACACAUCUUUUUAAAAAUGAGUCUUUGUCCCUGUGUUGAGAACGGAAAUUACAUGGCACAAUCAUAGCACCUUUAAAAACAGAGGACUGUGGGUUUUUGUCUCACGAUUGCAUCUCUGGAACAUCUGACUGUUGGGUCAAAGUAUUGGGCCUUGGAUAAGUGCCUUUUUUUUUUCUUUUUUUUUUAAAUCUACAAGCAAAAGAUAAAUGGGCUGUUAGUAUAUGUAUUUAUUUAAAGGUAAUUAUUUAUGUGUCAUGUCACAGAUGUAUUUUUGGGUGUAAAGGCAGUGGUGAUUCAGCUGCACGACUGUGGAUGUUAAUAUUCUGCAUUUAUUUUUUGACUGUGGUUGGUGCUGGGAACAAUGGCAAUUAAGCAAGUAUUGCACACAAAGCACAUAUUGCACAUUAAAACCACACACCUGCUUACAUACUGACAAAAAAUCCUUAACAAGCAUAUAUACUACUGAUGUGAAACGGAAUGGUUGGACCCAGCUUUAAUCUUAGUGCUGCUUUGGUUGAUAAAGGGUCUUUAUUAUAAUAUGCACAUCAGCCAGAUGUUUGACUAAACAACCUUUGAUGUAGAUUUUUAUCAGCUGCAAUCCAAAGCAACGCAAGUACUGUAUAAUAUACCAAAUUCUUUGUAAACUACAGUGUUUUGUGUUGGAGAACAAACUUGUCUUGACUAACAUUUUAUUAUUGCCUUAAAGUUUUAUGACAUUCACAACUUUUAAAAUUCAAAAGAUUUUUUCUCUUUACCAUAAAAAUGUUACAAAACACGAUGCAUGUAACUUAACACUGAUGUUUAUCCUCCUAGCGUUUGAUCAGACACAUCACCCACAGGUUCAGCUCUUCUGAUUCCUAGCAUGUCUUCAUUAACUCGCUGAAUUAUUUCCUCUUUUUUAUUCUGCUGUAGAUUCAUGUAUAUUUGUGUCACAGUCAAUGUGUUUCGUUUAAUCUGUUUUUUGUCAAGGGUACCAAGGGAUCCAUGUACAAGAACUUGAAUUGUAUUAAUUUAAAAUGACUGUUUUGCUGAAAUAAAUGUCAGUGUUAUAAAAUC